AUGGGGUCUAUCAUUGCGGAAACCAUGCUGGCAGCCCAGUACAAUGUUGAGAAAAACAAAAUCGAGGUCAAUCGGGUUCCCAUCCCUCAAGCUAUUGACGUCGAACUUCUCAUCAAGACGACAUGUGCAACGCUCUGCCAUUCCGACCUCAUGCUCUUCUGGGGUCACACCGCGGAGAAGCCGCCUACCGACACCAUCACCAUCGGGCACGAGAACACAGGCGUUGUAGUAGCUAUGGGGAAGGAUGUCAAAGGAUUCAAGAUCGGAGACAAGGUGGGAUGUCUAGGUUGCAGCUACGCGUGUUACGAAUGUGAGGGGUGCCAGGUUCACAAUCUGUUCUGCGAGAAAGGCACCCAGAGGCUCCAUGGCUUCCAAACCGCGGGGCAUUUUGCCGAGUACUCGACGGCGGACUACCGGAACGCCAUGGUCCUGCCCGACGGGAUGGACAUGGUGGGAGGCGCACCGCUUUUCUGUGCUGGAGUCACCGCCUACCACUCCAUCAAAGGCUGCGAUCUUCAAGAAGGUCAAUGGGUGGCGAUUAUCGGCUGUGGCGGGCUUGGACACCUGGCUAUCCAAUAUGCCAAGGCCAUGGGCCUCCGCGUCAUAGGCCUGGAUAUCUCAGAGGCUCAGCUGGAAUCAGCGAGACAGCUCGGCGCAGACGCCAUCUUCAACCCGGCCAGGGACCCGGACUACCAACGAAAGAUUAAAGAGAUGACCAAUGGCGGAUGUCACGCCACAGCCGUCUACAGCGCGUCCAACAAGGCCUACCAGGAUGCACCCGCGACUCUACGCAUCAAUGGGCUGCUCAUGAUCGUCGGCAUUCCCAAGGAAGAACUGUCCAUCAGCGCCUUGGACAUCCUCCUGGGCAAGUACCGCAUUGCGGGACGCAGCAGCGGGGUCCCCCAGAACAUGCCCGAGGCCAUCCACUUCAGCCACAAGCACAACAUCAAGUCACAUGUGAACGUCUUCCGAGACAUCAACGACAUCCAGAGGAUGGCCGAGCUGAUGGAGGCUGGGAAGACGGCUGGGAGGUUUGGCAUUGUUUUCGACUAG